GGCUCUCGGCUGUCGGAGGCGCUGUGGCUCCUCCCUUGUCCCACGCCAGGGCUGCUGCGUAGGCGCGUCCUGGGAGACUGGCUUUACACCCGGGGCUUGGGGUGACUUUGCAUGUUUGGAUUCCGGCGCAGGUACCGAGUUUUGUAGGUCAGACCCGAACGAAGUAAUCCCAGAGGCUUGCAGAGACCCGAGGCCUGCGGAUCUGCGUGAGUAACCCCCCCGAAAACAGCAGGAGGGGGCGGGGCUUGGAGGAGACGGGACUACAGACUUAGAUCGCGAAGGAGCCGGGCAGAUUAAAGAGAAACCUAUGAGGACCCCAGAAGGCAGAAAAGGAGGCAUUGGCAUUGGACUAAAAAGUGGUUGAACUAUAUAAAACAUUGCUUAGAAUUUAAAGUAGAAAAAAUGAAUCUGGAAAAUGACAACACUGCAUCUAAAAGCAUUUUUGAUAUGGACUAUGCUUCAUGGAAAAUCCGUUUAUCAUUAGUGGUGGCCGGUUUUGUGUUCUAUCUGGGUGUCUUUGUGGUCUGCCAUCAGCUCUCUUCCUGUCUUAAUGCCACCUAUCGAUCUCUCGUAGCUAAAGAGAAGGUCUUCUGGAAUCUUGCUGCCACCCGAGCAGUUUUUGGAGUUCAAAGCUCCAUUGCUGGUCUAUGGGCUUUGCUUGUAGACCCUGUUCUUUCUGCUGAUAAAGGAUAUUCACAGCAGAACUGGUGCUGGUUUAAUAUUGCAACUGCAACUGGCUUCUUUUUCUUUGAAAAUGCUGCUGUUCAUGUGUCAAAUUUGGUUUUCUGGACUUUUGACAUGUUCUUAGUAGUGCAUCAUCUUUUUGCCUUUCUUGGAUUUCUUGGAUUAGUGAUCAAUCUCAGAGCUGGCCACUAUCUGGCCAUGACAACCCUGCUGCUGGAGAUGAGUACCCCUUUUACUUGUAUCUCCUGGAUGCUUUUAAAGGCUGGCUGGUCUGAUUCUCUGUUUUGGAAGGUAAACCAGUGGUUGAUGAUUCACAUGUUUCAUGGACGCAUGUUUUUGACUUACCACAUGUGGUGGGUAUGUUUUCAGCACUGGGAUGACCUACUGAACAGUCUAGCUCAUCCACACCUUGCACUUUUCCUUGUUGGACUGGCCCUCCUUACGUUAAUUAUUAACCCAUACUGGACACACAAGAAGACUCAGCAGCUGCUCAAUCCAGUGGAUUGGAACUUUGCAAAUUCAGGACCAAAAAACAGUCAAUCUGUAAAAGUGAAUGGCCAGACUCUCCAAAGAAAGAGGCAGUAAUUUUGUUGGGACAAUUAAGUGCCUGCUAAGAACUGAAAAAUAAAUGGGACACAUACAGUGUGAAAGUCUUAAGAAAAUUCUUUUACAAUUAGUAACAAACUGGUGAAUAGUUAUUUGUUUUGAUUUUUGCAUUUUCUUGAUAUUAAUUUUGAAGUAGCCAUAAAGUAUUUUGUUUUUAUUUUUAAACCUCAGUUUACUUUUAUAAGUGGAUUUUGUCCCAUAACAAGUUCUUUUGGCUUCCAGGGUUCAAUGCAGUGAAGUUUACCCAUAUUGGGUUCAUUAGUGUAGCAUUAAGAAAUAAGAGGCAUGAAUGAAAUUUAGAGUCACUUGAUAGAUUUUUCUUUUCAUGUAAGGUUUUAGGUUCUGGAUUAAUUUUGAGUCAACAUAUAUUUUCUAUUCUUGUUUUAAAAUUUUUUUCCUCAUAAGGAACUCAAAUUGUGGAUUAACUUUGAGUCAGCAUCUAUUUUCUGUUCUUGUUUUCAAAAAUUUGUCUUUUUUCAUAAGGAACUCUUAUUGUGGGCUAACUUUGAGUCAGCAUUUAUUUUCUGUUCUUGUUUUCAUACAGUAAUGUGAUUUGUAUCCUUAUUUAAAAUUAGUAACAUUUUAAAUUCUAAAUGUACAACAGUGUCAUCUAGUGGCAAAAUGAAACAUGAACCAACUGAUUCUUGAAGAUUUAGAAGACUAAACAUGGAGAGAAAUAAUGGAAUGAAAUGAAGGAAUUUUAUUAUGGAGUUGGAAUUUCAGCACAAGUAUUUGAAGGAACUAAUGCAUAUUAAAAGAUAUGUAAAGUUUCUGAUUCAUACAUUUUUGUUAUGAAUUUACACCCCAAAAGCAGAUUACUCCUAGUAUCAUAAUUCAUUUAAAUUCUUUUUAAUGUUCUACAAGACACUGAGGUGUAGUUUCGUUUCUUUCUUUCUUUUUUUUUUUGGACAAAUCUGUUUCUUUAGGUGAGUCCCUUAAAUGAAGGCGAAAUUGAGUAGUAAUAAUUAUCUGAUAUUAUGAAUGCAUUAACUUUCAUAUUUUUCUCCAAGAUUUAUCUUUCUAUUCCUUAAAUGUAGAAUGAUUUUAUUUUUUAUUUGGGUUAAAUACUCAGUAAUUGCUUAUUGUAAAACAAAUGAUGAUGUGAAAGUAUUUAAUUUUUCUAAGGGUUUUUUUUUUUUUUUUAAGAUUGUGGUAUCAAGACUGCCUGUCAAAAUUGUUAAAAUAUUAGUUCCCUUAUUUAAGUAAGUCAAUAUGCUAAAAUUACUGAUGUACUAAAAUAUAUUUAAAGUUAGCUCUGUUAUUUAAAUGUCCAUAAUCAUUAGUAUACAGGAACAGGAUCUGUGAUUUCAUUCAUCUAGGAAAUUCUUUAUUAAUGCAGGCGAGCCCCUUCUCUUCAGCCUGUGAAAAGUGUAGAGCAUUGAAGUUACCUCAACAGUAGGUAUCAGUUGUGUCAGAGAUAGGACUUGAAACCAAGUCUUCUGACUCUGAAACCAGUUGUCUUCCAUGAUGCCAUUUUAAGGGGAAAAAAUUUAAGGGAAAACUUUUUUAAAAAUUGAUAUUAUAAGAGUUAAAUGUAAUCUUGUAAUAUUUUAGCUUUUAUUUUCUUGCCGAAUUAUAUUUACACUUCAAAUAAUUCAAGAAUCCAUUUUGUCAACAGCAAUUCCUUCCAUUGAAGCAAUUGGGUAGUACAGGGCUUAGCAUAUUGGACCCAAAGUUAGAAAGACACUUCAUUAAUCAUGUUAUCAUGGGCAAUUCACUUAACCUCUGUCUGCCUUGGUUUCCUCAUCUACAAAAUAGAGAAAAUAAUAGCACUCUCUCAGAGUCAUUGUAAGGAUGAUAUAUCUUUAAGCAAUUACAAAUCUAUAUGCUAUAUAAAUGCUGCUAUUUAUUAUUCUGUUGAAAAAAAAAAACUUAGUCGUAAUCCCUAUAAUACUAUGUGUUUCUAAACUUAAGAUGGUUGAUCUCUAGGUGAUGAAAUAUUCUUCUACUGCCACAUACUUGGCCUUUUCAGCAUGUUCAAACAUGCAAGAGGUGGUGUUUCAUUAAAAUAGCCUUUGAAAUCUUUGAAAUCAAAGGACCUCAGUUAAUGAAAGAUGAAUUGUUAGAAAAGAAGUUUUAAAGUAAUUUUAUGUGUAUCUUUCAUUAUUCAGAGAGUGACUCUGGUCAUCCCUGAGCUACUUCCUAAGUACAAGUGUCAUUUAUAUUGUAUUUAUAGGGAUAGUCUCAAGAAUUCUUGGCCACAUUUUGCUUAUACCAACUCUCCUCUCCUCAUACUUGGUUGUGUAACUAGCUGUUCCUUUUGCCCAGUUUUUUUAAUAUUUAAAAAUUCAAAUCAAAGAAAUUUAGAAUUAUUUAAAUGAGAGGAAAUAUUAAAUAAUUUCAACAUGGUUAUAAUUACAUGAUUAGAAUUGGGUAGGAAUAUGCUAAAUAUGUUUUUAAAGUGGUGAUUCUAACUGGAAAUCAUUGGUGAAAUUUUAAAUUAAUGUAUAUAAAAUCUUCUGAUAUCAAGUUAGAUUUUUUUAAUGGUUAAAAUUUUAAAAUCUAGAGCUCAUAUUAAUAUCUUCAAAGUACAGCUCACUAACUGCCUACUCCUCAAAUGACUUGAAUAUUUUCUGUUCAAUUUAUCUUUUUCAGUGCAGUCACUAAUAGUAUUAGCUUUCUCUUCAAAAGCAGGAAAAUGUGACUUGUAUUAGCAGUACCAGUGAAAUCCCAGUUCAUAUAUAACAAUAAAUUAACCUUGCUAUUUAUCAUA